AUGCUGCCAACUUAUGGUACGGUAGUAUCAUUAAUAUUAAUCACGCCGACGCUAAUCACAGCAAUCGAUUACGAGGACAAUGAUCUAGCUAAAGUAUGUCGACCUUUGGAUCGUCAACUGGAUUUGUUGUUCAUUCUGGAUGGUUCUGGCAGCGUUAGUGGAAACACUUUUGCAACACAAAUGGCUAUGCUUAAUAAGAUAGUCGAUAUGAUCGAAAUUGGCCCGAAAAAUACACAAAUUGCUGUAAUGCAGUAUUCAUCCUACACACGAGUCGAAUUUAAUUUUAGUGCCAAUCCAAACAAGGAAUCACUUCGCGCCUCACUCCAGAAAAUUCGGCAUAUCUCGGGAACAACGAAAACUGGUAAAGCAUUGGACAAAGCUCUGCAUGUUUUCCGUCAUGAUUCCAGUUUUGGAGCGCGAUUGAAUCAGGAUGAUGUGGCGCAGGUAGCUGUGGUUGUCACCGAUGGUCAUUCACAUGAUGAUCCGAUACCAGCUGCAGUGCGACUUCGUCAAGCUGGUGUCCAAAUACUUACUCUUGGUAUUGGUGCGCACAUUAAUAUGGGUGAGCUGAUGGAAAUCACCGGCGAUGAAAAUCUUGCCUUCCAAAAUCUGACUUCUCAAGCUUCAUUAGAUCAAUUUGUGUAUCAGUUCAAAAAGAUUGCUGUUGGUCCACUCGGAGCUGAAAUAAAUUGUCACAGUGAUUCUGUCGAGAUUAUUGUUUCGACAGUGAAUCCAUUCUAUGGACAUCUUUACGUACCUGGUCAGUUUCACCAUUCGGAGUGUGCCGGGAUCGCACGGAACUCAUCUUCCAAAGAGAUCCGUCUUUCAUUAGAUCUUACCUCUUGCAACAUCCAGAAACAGAUGAAGCAAAAUCUUAUGGGUACAUUAUUCGAAACAAGUGUCGUACUGAAAUUCCAUCCAUUAUAUAAUACAAAAGCAGAUAAGGUUUUCAAGGUGCAAUGUUUUUAUCCUGAAAAAGCACCAAAAUUACCGAGAAAAUAUGUGGACAAUCAAGUGGCUAUUAGUGAUAAGAAUGAAUAUCAAAUGCCUUGUUCUUACAAGAUGGUAUCGAAUUCAAAAUCAAAUGAUAAGUGUAAAUUAGAAGAUGUCCGUGUCGGUGAUCAGAUCAUUCAUUCAUGGGAAUGCGAUAAAGAUUCCUUCGAUACAUAUCAGUCGAUGCUUGUUCACAGUUGUGUUAUCAUUGACCUGAGCAGUGGAGUUAACAGUACUGUCAUUGAUUCGUCCGGAUGUGCACUUGAUAGUUCGGUGAUCAAUUUACCAGAAUAUUUGGAUCCGUUGUCAGCAUUUGCUAUAGGCAAAGCAGUCAAAUUUCCCGAUGGUUCAAUGAUCAAAAUGCAAUGCCAUCUACGAUUUUGUGAUCGUUUAUUGGGUGAAUGUGAUACCAUUUUGCCUCCUCGAUGUCGCAGAAGUCGUCGAGAAGCAAAGAAAAGUGGUGAAAAUACCGAAUCUAUAAAUGCACCUUUGAAAGAAAUGAACCGAUCCUGGGAUUUCACAGGUUCCAUUGACAGCGAUGAUGAAUAUGAAGAAGAAAUUGCGGAAGCGAUGACCUUUACAAUAGCACCGAUGACAACAACAACAACGACGACUACAUUGACAUCAAUACCACUGCUAACUUUUCAUCCAUCACGGCAAGAGAAAUCAAUGCCAUCACGUCGACGUUUAUCCAUCGUUGGACGUGUAACUACAGCAGGAGGUCAUUCGGUUGGAUCAUUACCGCUUUUGUUAGCAUCUAACACUCAUGAUAUAGCAUCUUAUUCUUUCGAGAAACUGAUCAGUAAUGAAGAAACACCAUUUGCUGUUCCAUCAUCACCAAUUAAUCGCCACUCUCCGAACGGUGGUCAUCCACGCAUUAUCGAUUUUCCAGCAGGCGGUAUGGAUAUAAAAAUUAACACACAAAAUGUAACAAUUGUAAGCGAUGAUCAUUUGAAACAACAAUAUCAAAAAGAACUGAAGGAACGACAACAAAAAAUAAAGUCAUUAACGAAAAAUGUCUCAAAAACACCACUAACAAUCAUAUCUUCGGUUGUAUUCGAUAAAACUACUGCAUCUGCGAUUAUAUUCAAUAAAAUUAUUAACGGCGCAGAACGAACACCGCACCAACCGAGUCACAACAUAUCUAAAACAGGAGAUACUGAAUUAUCAGCGCUAGAAGCAAGGAAUAAAAAUAUUUUCAUUAAUAAUUCAUUCCAGGAAAUCGAGAAACAAACGACCAAUAGGGCACGCUUUGAGUCAGAGAAAUCGGUGGAAGAAAUAGUGGAAGAAAUGAAAGCAGUCGUACAACUUGAACAAAGGAUACAAAAAACACUUCGAUCUGAUGCAAUCAUAAUUGAAUCACAGGUUAUAAAUGUCCGUGAUUUGGAGGUAAUGAGUGAUCCAAAUUUAAAAGAAAAGUGGUGCAAGAGAUAA